AUGCUUUUCAAGUCUGUCCUCCUGUCUGGUGCCAUUCUGGCUUUCUCGGCGACCGAGGUCUGGGCCCAUGCUGCUAUCAACCCAGCACUUGGCGUGAAGGGUACUGCUGUUCGCAAUGAUGUGCAGAGGCCAUCGGCGAACAAGCCAUGUGGAAACACGGCUUUGACUGCCAUCGAUUCUUCGACUGCAGUCAAGGCUGAUGCCUCUGGCUCUUUCACUGUCAAUGUCGAGAACUUCAACGGUGGCAAGGAUGGAUCUCGCUCGGUCACCAUGCAAGUCGACGCUGCAGGUACUGGUGCCAAAUUCGCGAAUGGUCAAGUGACAGUCAACGGAGAUGCUGCUCCAGCUACGACCGGCACGCAGAAGGUCACUGCUUCUCUUCCUGCAGGUACUAAGUGCAGUGGCGGUGCUUCUAGAGACUUGUGCUUGGCAUCCUUCAAGACAGCUGGUGGCUUCGGUAACUGCGUGGUUGUCCAGCAGGGUGCUGGCGGCGGAGCGGCGGCUGGAGGUGCUGCUGCUGGAGGUGCUGCUGCUGGAGGUGCCGCUGCUGGAGGUGCUGCUGCUGCUGGAGGUGCUGCAGGUAACGCUGCCUCAGAUGCAACAGCAAACAACGGUGCGGCCAACGGAAAUGCAAAGGCCAACGGCGGUGCAAAUGCUAAGGCUAACGGCAACGCAAAUGCUAAGGCGACUGGUGGUGCGAACAAGGGACAGAAAGCCAACGCCAAUGCAAAGAACAAUCGUGCGGUUGCUGGAACGCGUCUGGCUCGUUAUGUCGUUGUGGACGAUGAAUAG